AUGGCAACCGCCGAUCAAAAACCGCCCGCAAAUUUGGGCGCCGAUCGGAAGCGAUCCAGUAUUGUUAAAGGCAGUUUUCAAAGCGAUACCGCGCUAUACGGAGGGAAAACCGGCGUGAAGCAGAUCCUAACAGCACCAUCACAAUCUCAUUCACGAAUGACACCAGGCGGUCAGACAUUUCUUUGUGUGAUGGGCUCUGUCAUAAGUGUGGCUAUCAGCAUUUGGUUGGCUGCAUUCAGUCGUGAACCUGGUUGGAGGAGAGCUGUAUUCGCUACAGGAGCCGCUUUGUGUGCUGUGAUGUUCGCGUUCCUCGCUUUUAUGACUAUACGACGAGCAAAACACCCGCCAGAGCCAGAGGCACUUCCCGAUUUAUCACAACGCCGUUCUACGAUCGGUGCGCGGGUCAGCAAAAGGUCGAUAGCUGCUGCGGGUCUUGCCAGCACUGGAGGUGAUGACUGUCCGACACAGGUGCUCGUUGUAGGAGACAGGACUCAUCCGACACUAACGAUCGGAUAA